UAUGAAAUAAUGACAGCAAUGUAACGAGCGCUGCGGCGUCAGUUGUUGUUAGACAGGCACAGUGUAAGCGCUGAGAAGCUCACAGAAAGUUUGAAUAGCCGUCGCAUUACAGAGAAACUUGUUGGCGAUGAACUUCUUCAUGAAUUUGCUGAUGCUGCUGAUGGCAGUGCUCUCAGUGUCGGCGCGGGCAUCACCAGAAUCAUGUCCCUUGCUGAAACGACGUCUGAUGCAGACGUUUCAAGUUCAGGCGUCUGAAGCAACGAUCUCCGGCAGGCAAGCAGAAGUCUCGCCCUGCAAUGUGAUCGAAUUCUAUAGCUUCGAUCAAACGGAAUUUGAGGACUGCUUAUCUCAAGUUAUUGGAGACCUGGCUACAGAAGGGGAAGGAACUCUUUUAGAAAGACGUGAAUGCUUCCGUCUGUUCUGGCACGAGGUGGACGCCAACGGAGACCAAAAGGUUGACAAGGAUGAGUUCAUUCGCUGGAAGAAACUAUAGGAGGUCUCGACUUGAUGCUCGAAUCAACAGAAGAACAAUCACAAAACACAACUGCCUCAGACGAAGACGGAAUUGUUGUCCUUGUGGGUGACUUGGAAUAUCAACUGAGCUCGAGACAGGGUGAAUUUCUUUCGGCCAAUACCCAAGCCCU